AUGGCUCUGCAUAUUGCUUCCACACUUCUCCUGGCUACAGGCAUCACUCUACUAAUUUAUCUCAUUAAAUGGUGGCGUAAGGUCAAACAGAAUAACCUUCCCCCAGGACCUACACCUCUACCAGGCUUGGGGAAUAUGCUUCAGUUGGGCACCUCGGAAGUACCACAGUCUUUAGUGAAGCUGAGUGAGAAGUAUGGACCUGUCUAUACCAUCUACGCAGUCACCUUUCCAGCGAUAGUACUGAUUGGGUACGAUGCUGUGAAGGAAGCUUUGGUGGACCACAGCGACGCGUUUAGUGAUAGAGGAGACCCAGGAACUACAGAUCUUUUUUUUAAGGAUUUUGGGGUCAUUCAAAGCAAUGGAGAAAGGUGGAAAAUUCUUCGUCGAUUUUCUCUGACAACUUUAAGAAAUUUUGGAAUGGGGAAGAGGAGCAUUGAAGAAAGAAUCCAAGAAGAAGCCAGAUGUCUCACUGAGAAAAUAAUGAAGGAAAAAGAUUCUCCAAUUGACCCAACAUAUAUUCUACGACACGCUGUUUCCAAUGUCAUUUGCUCCGUUGUGUUUGGUGAAAGAUUUGACUAUGAAGACAAAAAAUUCUUGACUCUCUUGAAAUAUGUUGAUGAUAUUUUCCAGUUCUUCAACACUUUUUCAGGACAGCUUCUCAGCACAUUCCCAACCAUAAUGCGCUACAUUCCCGGUCCUCACCUGAACAUCUUCAAAAUUACUAGCAACCUUAAACAAAUUUUUAAUGAGAUGGCGGAUACCCAUCGAGCCACCCUAGAUAAGAACUGCCCUCGCGACUUAAUAGAUUGCUUCCUCAUGAAGAUGGAAGAGGAAAAAAAGAAUCCAGACACAGAAUUUCACAAGGAGAACCUAGAAGGGAUAAUAUUCGACUUAUUCUUAGCUGGAACAGAGACUACAAGUUUGACGCUGAGAUACGGUUUCCUUAUACUCUUGAAAUAUCCUGAAAUACAAGAGAAAAUCCACAAGGAGAUUGAUAAUGUAAUCGGCAAAAAUCGCUGUCCAUCAAUAGAAGACAGGAGUAAAAUGCCGUAUACAGAAGCUGUAAUCCACGAGAUCCAGAGAUUUGCAGAUAUUAUUCCUACAGGCCUACCCCAUGCUGCCAGCAAAGACACAACCUUUAGAGGAUACCACAUUCCAAAGGGAACCAUGGUCUUUCCAAUCCUGACCUCUGUCCUGAAAGAUCCCAAACGAUUCAAGAAUCCAAAUGAGUUUGAUCCUGGACAUUUUCUUGAUGAGAAUGGUCACUUUAAGAAAAGUGAUGCAUUUAUGGCAUUCUCUGUAGGCAAACGUGUGUGUUUGGGAGAAGGCCUGGCUCGCAUGGAGCUCUUCCUCUUUCUAACUACCAUACUGCAAAAGUUUACCUUGGAGCCUACAACAGACAGAAAGAAUCUCAGCAUAAAACCAAUUUCCAAAAGCAAUGCUUCAACACCUCAGUCAUACCAGAUGAAGGUCGUCCCUCGUUUCUGA